GCCUCUCCGCGGCCUCGGCCUCCUGGGUUCCACAGAGGCUUUCAUUCCAGGAACGCUCUUCACUCCCGCAGGCUCAGAGCCUUGUAGCAAUGCCCUCAUUCCUACGCCGGAGUCUCCGAAGCUAAGUGGUGGCCUGGGGAGCCUGCUGGGAAAAGAGGCCCAUCUGCUUGCUGCCUUCCCAGAAGUGGCAUGGCGACUGGACGCAGGUGGGCCUCGCAGGCCUGAGCAAGCGUCCUUGGCUUGUCCUUGGCCACGGCCGACUCGCUUCUUACCAGCUUACUGGAAAUCCCUGCUCUCGGCCAGGCCUGUCUUAUUACCAGACACAGCCCUUGGCCACGUGUGAAGUCCUGUGGCUCCGCCCACAGCGUGUCCCUGUGCUCAUCUGCUCUCUGCCCCGGCCUGUGACAGGUCGAAGCCCCCAGGUCAGGAUCAGCCUUGCCCUCUCGCCCCGGCACUGCCUGUCAGCACCUCACGCGGGCGUCGUUGGAGCAGCCCGCCUCUUCUGCUUCCCCUCACAAGGGGAGACCCGCCCCAUUGUGGUGACAGAGUGCCAGGCACACCCGGACUUGGGGACUCACUGGGUCUCGAGGCAAUUCAUCGCCCCGUUCCGAUUGCCAGAAAUUUCCCCUUCUGUUACACAUAAGCUGUGUCCCGCAAUCCCCUUCUGACCCUGGUGGCAGCCCCCAGGGCCUCCUUCCCAGGAGAGCUUUUCAGAAAUAGUGACCUCCUCCACCUCUUCCCCAACCCCCACCCCCACCCCACCCCCCCCCAGCCACCGUCGUGGUUUUGACUCCCUUCGCCACGUGGAUUCUAUCUCCAGUCUGUCCAUUCCUCUGUCCUCAAGGCCGGGAACUGGGGAUAUGAGCCAGGGAUUAAUCGCACGGAGUAAGCUUCCGAAAGUCACGGGGGCCAUUGGAAGGCCUGAGCUUAGAGAUAAUUUCCCUUCUCUGCAAAGGCCAGGCAUUUAGUCCAAAUGGGCAGAGUCGGGCGAGGGCCAGGCCAGCAGGGGACAGCAGCCACGGCCCAGAUGGCCAUCCCAGAAACACAAGCUACCGUCCCCAGCCUGAGACGCGAGACGGCCGCUGAUCUCUUCUCCUAGAGGCUCGUCGCCGCGGCCCCCGGAGCCCGGCCGCCGCCGCCACCAGCGCCCGGGUGGGCCCCGUGCGCCCCGGGCGCGGCUCCGCAGUGAGCCCCCCAGGAAGCGGCCUGCGGACGCGCCGCCAUGGGGCUCAAGCUGUCCUGCCUGAAAGGCUUCGCUGCGGGCCUCCCCGGCGCGGGGCACAGAGGAGGCAUUCGGCGCCAGCUUACCGUUUUGGGUUUUAAUCGUGGCAAAAUCAGCAGCAGCAGCCAUGACGAGGCCCCCGUCCUGAGCGACAAGCACCUGGACGUGCCCAACAUCAUCAUCACCCCCCCGACCCCCACGGGCAUGAUGCUGCCGCGGGACUCCGGGCAGACAGUCUGGCUGGACGAGGCAGGGCCGUGCCCAGAGGACGGAGACAUAGACCCCGAAGCCUGAGGACGGGGCACGGGUCGGAGAGCGUCCUCCCCGGCUCCUGCUCCAGCCGCCCGGGCUCCACAAGUCCCUGGGGGCGAGGCUGCCUGGGACGGAUGCGCUGCGUCCCCUGGACGGGAAAACAAAGGCUCCUGGUGCCCGGCAGGUCGCAAGACGAGCAAGGAAGGAGCCCUGCUUGCGUCCGGAACCGUGUUUCCCAGGCCCCACUGAGCGGACCGGACCUCUACUGCCCAUGCGUUCGUGCUGCCCCCGGAGCCGUGGCGACGGCCGUCAGGACGCGCUCACCCUCCCUGCGCCCCGGGCCACGCAGCCCGGCACGCGGGAGGUCCACACACGCUCAAGAACUCCUUGCAGAGGAGUGACUGUUUUGUACAUGUGGUUUUACAGCUACCGAAACAGCCCAAAAAGUGGCUUAUGAUUUCUCUUUUGCAUUAUAAAUAAAGGCCAUCUGUAACGAU